CAAGAUCAACCUCGUUGUUAAAAUAAGUGAAUGUGUGUUUUCCCACAGGACGUGAACGCCUCACAAAUCGUCGAAGGCCAAUGCGGGGGGCGGGGCCCUGUGACGUCAGGGGGUGGAAGAAAACAGCGGAGCAGGAAUCAAAACAAGAGACGGACCCGCCUUCGUUUCUUUAAAGGUUACAGCAGCUUAUUCUUUAAAACUGCUGCACACACACACACACACACAAUACCUGUCGACCACGAGGAGAACCAAAAACAAACCAAGCAGCAACACAAAGAGAACAAACACUUGCAACAACACAAAACACUGGCGACCAACCAUGGAGUCCACAGAAAUGUCAGAUGACAGCAGCCGCUGAUAGAGGUCGAAAAAUUAACACUCUUGACAUCCGAAUCCUGUAAAAUGCCCAACCAGAAGAACAACAAGGGAAAGAAAAGCAAACGCACCAACAGCAGCGGAGAUGAGCAGGAAAAUGGAGCCUGCGCGGCCGCAACAGGAGGCGCGGCCGCGGCGGCGGCUGCACCCAGGAGCGAGCGCUCGAGUGAGGGCCAGUGUGCGACCCCUCUUGGCUGCAGCUUGGGCCGUCCCAUCGACCUGGAGAAGGACGACUACCAGCGGGUUCUCUGCAACAACGAGCUCUGCCCUUACGGCAACUGGAUGCAUCUGCAGUGUUUCUACGAGUGGGAGAGCUCCAUCCUCGUCCAGUUCAACUGCAUCGGUCGAGCACGAUCCUGGAACGAGAAGCAGUGCCGGCAGAACAUGUGGACCAAGAAGGGCUACGAUCUGGCCUUCAGGUUCUGCUCCUGCCGCUGCGGUCAGGGCCAUCUAAAGAAAGACACCGACUGGUAUCAGGUGAAGCGUAUGCAGGAUGAGCGCAAGAAGAAGCCGUCUGAGAGGAGCACGGGCAGGAAUGGGGCCAGCGGAGGUGCUGCAGGGCCCGUGGACGGGCUUUUUGAGGAGGCCAAGAAAAGCAAGCUACCAGGAGGAGCUGUAGGAGGAGGUAAACUGUCCCACAGAGCCUCUAGUCAGGAGUUACCUCGGAGACAAUCAGUGGACCGGCAGAACUCUUCAGAGAGAGGAGCAGCAGCAGGAGGACCCUUUUGUCUGGGACCUCCUCAGAAGUCUCCAUGUGACUCACCGGGGCAGUCUCCCCCAGCUGGUUUCCCUUUCUCCCCCACUGCUGUCCUCGGAUCAGGAGGCGGAGGAGCAGGUUUACGAGGUUCCCGUCCUCUGGGAGAGUUCCUCAAAUCAGCCGUCCACAUGGACCCGCAGAGGAAACACCUCCUGGUCGGGGGAGCUCUCGGUCGGGGAGGCGGCUGCUCGAUGGGAGCCUCCGGCGGUGGAGCUCACCUCGACCCAGGGUCUGUUCUACCCCUGCCGCUGUCCUUCGCCCUCCCGCUCCACCACCGGCUCACCUCUAGCAGCGUGGGUGACGGCACCCACUCUCAUCCAGUGCAGUUCCUGAGGAGGCUGGACCUCUCAGAGCUCCUCACCCACGUCCCUCGACACAAACUGAACACCUACCACGUCCGCAUGGAGGACGAUGCCCAGGCAGGCCAGGGAGAAGAGCUGCGCAGGUUUAUCCUGUCGGCCCUCAGUGCGAGCCAGAGAAACGUAGUCAACUGUGCGCUGUGCCACAGAGCGCUGCCUGUGUUUGAACAGUUUCCUUUGGUGGACGGGACUCUGUUUCUCAGCCCUUCACGCCACGACGAGAUUGAGUAUGACGUCCCCUGCCACCUUCAAGGCAGGUUAAUGCACCUCUACGCCAUCUGCGUGGACUGUUUAGAAGGCGUCCACAAGAUUGUCUGCAUCAAGUGCAAGUCACGCUGGGACGGGAGCUGGCACCAACUGGGCACCAUGUACACCUACGAUAUACUGGCUGCUUCACCAUGUUGCCAGGCUCGACUCAACUGUAAACACUGCGGGAAGCCGGUGGUGGACGUUCGAGUCGGGAUGCAGUAUUUCUCCGAGUACAGCAACGUCCAGCAGUGCCCUCACUGUGGCAACCUGGACUAUCACUUUGUUAAACCUUUCUCCUCCUAUAAAGUACUCGAGGCUUAUUGACAAAUGCUGUUCUUGCAUGCUAGUUAAGCUGCUUUUGUUCCUUUUUUUUUUUUUCUAACACAAUCUAGAAAAGAUUUUAUUUUUUUGGGCCUUAAGGUGUUUUUGUUUUUGAGUUCUCUUUUUAUGUAUAGGAAAAGUAUGACUCUAGUUUAAAAACACACACACAAAAAAAAAAAAAGUUCCAAGACAGUAUCUCUACUGUUGAGAGAAAGGUGUUGAUAAAAGUGUGGAACUGACCCUUCAAGUCAAGCAAACACAUUUAUCUGUGACAAGUGAAUGUAUAUCUGUACGCCAAAAUUUGCUUUUAUUUUUGUUUUUUACCAAAAACAUAAAGAUAAAUCUCAAAUAAAGCAGAGAAAGAUACACACUGGUGUUGGUUUGAUAUCUUCAUGUCAUCAAGUGGUUCACACACCUUCAGCUGAUCAUCCUUUACCUGAAAAAGUUCCUGUGAAUUGUCAGAGUCAAAAAAGCGUUGUAUUCCCUUCCCAUUCCAUUUCCCCCCUGAAAACAACUUAUUCACGUGGUACAACACUAUAUUUUCACUCUAUACUCCAUAAUUUUCUCCAUAAAAUCAGUGAAAUAGUUGUAGUGGUGUGUGAUUUAGUGCCCUAAAAGUGUUACGUACUUCUCGUGGAUGAUCGUACCCGGAUCACGAAGUUACAUAGUGUGAGAACAGAUGUGCAGUUCGCAGAGUGAAUUCACCUGAUUAUAAGUCAUUGUAUUGUUAUUUUAUGGUAGAAAAGUUACAUAAUGUUGCUUUAAUUCAUCACCUAUUUGUAUUUUGAAGCUAAGGAGCAUUUUGGGGACAAACAGUGGAGAGAUGAUAAGAAACGAGGGAGAGAAAAAUGCAACCAACUUGAUGCAGGAACGUUGUAGCUCUUGGUCGCUGCCUUACUUUCACUGCCACUGUGUUACCGAAAGACUGGAUUUUAUUUGACAAGAACGUGUCACGAUUCACAACAUCCCUCCUUGGUUGUUCCUGCUCUUCCUUUCUUCCAUUUUUUCCACUGUUAAAAGGAUUUCUUUUUUACUUUUUCCUGAUCUGAAUUGAGUGUCUGAGAAUAGAGGGUGUUGUAUGUCGUACAGAUUGAGGCAAAUUCAUGAUUUUAUAUCCACAUUUAUGGUGAAAAUGACUUGACAGGUCCCAUUUAAAAAAAAAAA